AUGGACGGUGACCACUCCAACCAAUGGAUGAUCUACAUACAGCCGGCACGUGACCGUCAUGAACAAAAUGUUGAAGCUUUUAUGGAUGAAAAAGAAGAAGUUUGUCUGAGAUUUAUUCGGGGUGUGAAAUGUGGAGAACAAUUAUUGGUCUGGUUCCAUGAUACUUUAGCCAGAUAUAGAGAUAUACCAAUAUUAAAACCUGAAAAUAUCAGAGGAUACCAAGAAUAUACAUGUACAGUGUGUCAGAAAGUUUUCAAAUUCCCCAAUUCAUUAAAAGCACACAUUCGAUAUUGGUGUCGAAAAGAAGAAGUCGUUACUUCCUCAGGCAUGGUCCAUACUACAGCAUCACAGCAACCAGCAAACUUACAUCAACCGAUUCAAAUCUUUAAUCAUAUUCACACUCCUGCCUUUCCAAUAACAAUGAACAGCUCACCAUUCUCUCUCUAUCAUCCCGUAUUAUCUCAAUAUUCAAGAUCAUGUUGCAGUCAACUUCCAGCAGUACAUCCUUUUAUGGACAGACCCUUCAUAUCAUCUUGUACCAGUAGAUAUACACCACCAUCGUCCUCAUCACCAGUAUCAUCAACAGCUACUUCUCGGCGAGGUCAUCUGUGUAUCUAUUGUGGGAAGCUUUAUUCUCGAAAAUAUGGAUUAAAAAUUCACCUGAGAACACAUACUGGUUACAAACCAUUAAAGUGUAAAGUUUGCCUUAGACCAUUUGGUGAUCCUAGUAAUUUAAAUAAACAUGUCAGACUUCACGCAGAAGGUGAAACGCCUUAUAAAUGUCAGUUUUGUGGUAAAGUUUUGGUAAGAAGGCGUGAUCUGGAAAGACAUGUGAAAUCGCGUCACCCACAUGAAGAUGUUAUAAGUAGUGAAGUAGAAGCUGAUAGUUCCACAUUAGAUUCUAGUUUAGAUGAUAAUGACUCAGAUUCGACUGAAAUUGACAGUGAAUUGAUUGUAGUGUAA